UAUCAUGUGUUCCAGCAUGUUGUUCUUACUUAAAAACUAUUGUCAUCUUUGAAAAUGUUUCCAGCAAGCAGAAGAAGGAAGCCGAAGAGCUCGGUGUGUCGCUCAUUUCAUGGAAAGAAUUCUCUGAGCUGAUAACAUGUUUAAACUUCCACCAGUUAACUUUUGAGGGUCAUUCUGUCAUGAUAAAGCUGAAUUCAGAUGGUAGGGUGGAUACAUUGCAAACCUUGCAUAAUGUGAACGAAGAUGAACUUACUGGUUUUGAAGAAUCUUGGAAUGGAAAAGCCCAAAAGUAUUUGCCUGGUUGGUCUGAGAGUUUUAUUGACCAUGAUACCAUAGGGGCUAACAGCAGUGGACAGAACAGGCAGGCAGGUCAGAGAGGAUGGGCACUUCCCUCUACUGAGCAUUCUCAGUCAAAAGGGAGGGUGAUUCCGGAUGCAAGAGACGGGGGAGGGCCCUCACGCAGCCAGCACUGUGCAAGGAUGAAAGGAUCAACAUAUUUUGAAGAUAAGAGUUCCCGCAGAUAUUUGAAUUGUUUUCCAACGGUUGGAUUUUUGAAUUGUUUGUAGGAAGUAUCGAUACCA